AUGUCCUGGGACCCACAUAAGGAUGUGUUUAAGUUUCUCUGCAGAUUUGCAAGGCUGAAACGCGACGUCCUGGCAGAGAACGCAGUCCCGACCAAGCGAGAAGUUCUGCAAGUCCUUAUGUCGAUCUUCGAUCCAUUAGGAUUCUUGUCGUGCCAGAUGAUUGGGCUGAAAAUACUUCUCCAGCAUAUAUGGCGGCUAAAUAUUGACUGGGAUCAGGAGCUGCUCGACAAGAUUCUGGAAGACUGGCGCCUUUGGAAAACUCUUUUAGAGCAGAUCAGGAUUUUCGAGGUGCCUAGAUGCUUUUCCCCAGACACAUCAGAUCCACGUCAAACGGAGCUCCACACAUUCGUCGACGCCAGCGAGUAUGCGUAUUCUGCUGUUUGCUACUUGCGUGUAGCAAUGGAUGACAAGGUCGACGUCUCUUUGGUGAUAGCGAAGUCGAGGGUGGCACCUUUAAAACCACUUUCGAUUCCUCGUAUGGAGUUGCAGGCAGCAGUUAUGGGAGCACGCUUAGCCCACAAGUUCGUGAUGCACAGAGUCGCCGAAAUCCUGGAAACAACGCCAGUCGAGCAACGGCGGAGGGUACCUUCGAAGCUGAACGUAGCAGACGGAGCUACAAAGAUCACCGACCAAACCCUGCGAAAGACGUGGAUAACGGGUCCUGGGUUCCUAAAAGCUGAAUCCAGCCAUUGGCCAACAACGACAAAGCAGGAGAGCAUCAUCGAUACUUCAGAAAUACUGAAGCAUCAAUCUCAAGCCAUCGCCUUCGGCGAAAAGUUGAAAGCGCUAUCCGUGGGAGCGGCGCUGCACAGAGGAAACAGAUUGGUCGGAUUGAACGCAUAUCUAGACAACGAUGGAGUACUGCGAACUAGAGGCAGACUGAACUCAAUUGACAUAGCUGAAGACGCAAUUAUACUAGCUCCAGGAUGCCGGAUAACUAACCUUAUAGUAAGAAACUUUCACGAGAAGUACCAUCAUCUCGCUCACGAGACGGCAAUAAACGACAUCAGGGCUUCGUUUUACAUCAGCCGCCUCCGAGUGUUGUACAAAUCCGUGCGUAGUACAUGCCAACGAUGCAAGGUUGACAGUGCAGUUCCCAGACCACCCCAGCGCAAGGAGAAGAGAUGGGUAGCUCUGUACACCUGCCUCACGUUGCGCGCGGUGCAUUUUGAAAUCGCCCAUAGUCUUGACACAAGUUCAUGCAUCAUGUGCCUCUCCAAUUUUAUGGCGCUUCGAGGGACACCAAAGGAAAUAUUCUCAGACAAUGGUACGAGCUUCAGAGCCACGGAAAAAGCCGUGCGAGAGGAGCUGAAAAAGAUCGAGCACGAUAAGAUCACCAUUAAGUUUGAUGGCAUAAAGUGGCGAUUCAACCCACCAGGAGCACCACACAUGGGUGGAGCAUGGGAAAGACUCGUCCGGACAACAAAAGGAAUUUUGAAGAACAUUUGCCCAAAUUACUCCUUCAAAGACGAGGGCCUGAGAAACGCAUUGAUGGAGGCACAAUUUAUCAUCAACUCGCUCACGUUCGUAAGUCAGGACACUGAGGAUGACGCUGCUCUGACUCCGAACCACCUACUGUUGGGGUCAGCGAAUGGAUACAAGCCACUGCUAAAAGAAGGGAUGAAUCUGCAGCGUAGAUGGAUUGAGACUCAGAGCUUCGGGGACCGUUUUUGGCAGCGAUGGAUUAAAGACAUCGUAGUCAUCGUAGAUGAGCUUCUACCCAGGAACUUGUGGUUAAAAGGACGAGUGAUCGAGACAAUGAUGGCCAAGGAUGGGAAAGUUCGACGAGUGACUAUAAAGACCCAGCACGGCUGUUAA